AUGCUCGGCUCACGUUCGGUCUCUUCCGAGAAAGCACAGUUCUCGCUCUUGGCUUUCCGGAAUCUAUUGCGGAAGUCUUGGGAAAGGAGCGCACGAGCAGGAGAAAGAGACGAGGGAUUGAAACGUUUGACUGCUUCAAAAGAGAAACUAGAGGGAGUGGAGAGGGACGAGAAGGACGAAGAGGGGGAGGAGGGCAAGGAGGGAGGCGAGAGGGACUCGAAGAAGCAGCGUGCUGCCGACCAAUACGCACACAGCCAGUCCAUGCCUCGGAAGCAGCAUGAUUGGAUGUUUUCUGUUGGAUCCCCUAACGUCUCUUCCCCCAGCAGCAGCAGCAGCAGUCUCAAUCGCCCACCUCCCGCACAGCUGACACUUGCUGUGGCCGCUGCUGCUGCUGCUGCUGUCGCCGCUGCUCUCCUGCUGCUGGACUCUCGGUUCUCCCAGACAGCACUUGAGCGUGCAGGGAAGCGUGCCGAGGGGUGUGCAGAAGAGCGUGAUGAGGAGCCUGCAGAGGAGGCAGGCGAGCGUACAGGGAAGCGUGCAGACACACAAGAAGGCACAUUACAGGGGAGAGAGGGGACGGGGGGAGAUGCUGCAAGAGUUUUUGCAGGGGGGUUUGCUGGGGGUGUUGCAGGGGAUGUUGCAGGGGAUGUUGCUCGGGAUGGGGGGAUAGCAGGGGGCAUGGGAGAGGGUCGCAUAGGCAAGGAACCUGACGGAGGGAGCGCGGAAGCGAGAUCAGGGGAGACGAAGGAGGGCCCGGAAACUUAUACAGUCGGUGUAGAGCCAGUUGGGGAGAGUGGUGGGGAGAGCGUUGGGGGUGAGAAUGAGCUGGAGGGUUUAACUGGAAGGGGGAGCGAUGAGCUGGGCACAGAAGGUAGUGCUGAGGAGAUGCAGGGGAGUCAAACCGAUGGGAGCGACAGGAGUGAGAGAGAGUGGCUUGGACCAGCUGUGGCUGGAGGGGCGGAGAGCAAGGGGCAGGUGGGGGGGCGGCAGGGGGAAGGGGAAAGGAGGGGAGGGGCGGAGGGACGAGGCGAGAGUGGGGUUGGGGGAGAAGAGGAUGCAGAGGAUGGGCGUGGGGGUGCGAGGCAGAGAGGCAGUGGUGACGGGGAUGAGAGAAGGGAUGAGGGGGAGGGUGAGGGGAGGGAUACGGGAGACCUACCAGGAGACUCGGACGAAGAUGAAUGCCUCAAGUUGCUGCAAGCCUCUUCGUCUCACGGUCAACCCCAGGGCUGGUGCCGGCACCUGGCCGCCCUCGCGCCCGCCAUUGCUGCUGCUGGCUUCACGGCUGUCUGGCUGCCCCCCGCCUCUUCGUCCCUUGCCCCACAAGGUAAACCCCCCGCCGCUUCCUCUCUCGCCCCUCAAGGCUACCUGCCCAAGGACCUCUACCACCUCGCAUCAGCAUACGGCUCAGAGGCAGACCUCCCGCGAUCUGCUGCCACUGGUGGUGCGGGCACUGGGAUAGCCACAGACGCAGCAGCGGGUGUUGCCCGGACGCGGGUAGAUGCGGUGGGGUUGAAUGCGGUUGAUGCAGUGGGGGUGGAUGCAGGGGGAGUGAAGGCGAUGGGAGUGAGGGUGAUAGCAGACGUGGUGGUAAACCACCGGGUGGGCAGCCAGCAGGGGGAGGGCUGUGCUGCUGCUGGGAUAGCCACAGACGCAGCAGGGGCUGGGAAGGAGAUGGGAGUGAGGGUGAUAGCAGACGUGGUGGUAAACCACCGGGUGGGAAGCCAGCAGGGGGAGGGCGGGCAGUGGACUCGCUUCGAUGGCACGUCCAUGCCGUGGGACGAGACUGCUGUCACAUGUGACACUGGCGGCAAGGUGAGCAAGCAGGGGGAAGGCGGGCAGUGGACUCGCUUUGAUGGCACGUCCAUGCCAUGGGAUGAGAGCGCUGUCACGUGUGACACCGGCGGCAAGGUGAGUGCGGUCACCUGUGACACUGGCGGCAAGGUGAGCGAGAUGGAGCAAGGUGAAAUGAGGCGAGACGAGAUUCGGUUGGCACAACGUGACCGCUCCACGUUUCGUUAA